UACAUGGAAACAGGAAAUCAUUCAGGAGCAUCUCAGUUCCUCCUCCGGGGCCUCUCCGACAAUCCUUCCCUGCAGCCCCUCCUCUUUGGACUGUUCCUGUCCAUGUACCUGGUCACCGUGACAGGGAACCUGCUCAUCAUUCUGGCCAUCAGCUCUGACCCCCACCUGCACACCCCCAUGUACUUCUUCCUCUCCAACCUGUCCUUUGUUGACAUCUGUUUCACCUCCACCACUGUCCCCAAGAUGCUGGUGAACAUCCAGGCACAGAGCAAAGACAUCUCCUACACAGGAUGCCUUACUCAAGUAUAUCUUUUUAUGAUUUUUGCUGGAAUGGACAACUUCCUCCUGACCGUGAUGGCCUAUGACAGGUUUGUGGCCAUCUGUCACCCCCUGCACUACAUGGUCAUCAUGAACCCCCGCAUCUGUGUCCUUCUGGUUUUGAUGUGUUGGCUUGUCAUUUUCUGGGUUGCUCUGGUUCAUAUUCUUCUGAUUAUGCAGAUGACAUUCUGUGCAGGCACUGAAAUCCCACAUUUCUUCUGCGAACUAGCUCAAAUUCUAAAAGUAGCUUGUUCUGACACUCUCAUCAAUAACAUCCUCAUGUAUGUGCUUACUGCCUUAUUGGUUGUGUUUCCUGCUGCUGGGAUCCUCUACUCUUACUCUCAAAUCAUCUCCUCCUUAAUGAAGAUGUCCUCCUCCACCAGCAAGCGGAAAGCCUUCUCCACCUGUGGGUCUCACCUCUGUGUGGUCUUCCUGUUCUAUGGGACAGGCCUGGGGGUCUACCUCAGUUCUGCUGUGACUCAUUCUUCAGAGAAAAGUUCAGUUGCUUCAGUGAUGUACACGGUGGUCACCCCCAUGCUGAACCCCUUCAUCUACAGCAUGAGAAACAAGGAUGUGAAGGGGGCCCUCGGAAAGCUUCUCAGCAGAGUAUCCCCUUGUCUUUUGUGGGUGUCUGGGCUUAGAAGUUACUGA